ACUCGCACCAACCACCAUCUUUGCCAGAGAGAGUCCCUGCUCAGAAAAGCCGGCUCUUCGCGCCUCCAUGAGCGUCAGUGGCGCGCAGGGCGGGAGAGACGCGCAUCUGGAGGGUCUCCUUUGAGUCGGCGCUCGCGCGCACGCUCCUGUUUCAGCGCAUUCGUCUUAGGAGCUCCGUUUGGAAGACUGGUGGGGGAAAAUGGCACGCGGCGCGCUCGCACUUCUCUUUCUGUGGCUUUUCCGCGCGUCCCUCGCAGGAUUCCCGAACCAGAUCAACAUUGGCGGACUCUUCAUGCGCUCCACGGUGCAGGAGCACAGCGCCUUCAGGUUCGCCGUCCAGCUCUACAACACCAACCAAAACGUGACGGAGAAACCUUUCCACCUCAACUACAACGUGGACAACCUGGAGUCCUCCAACAGCUUCUCGGUCACCCACGCGUUCUGCUCCCAGUUCUCCAGGGGUGUCUACGCCAUCUUCGGCUUCUAUGACAAGAAGUCCAUGAACACUCUCACCUCCUUCUGCGGUGCACUGCACACAUCGUUCGUCACGCCAAGCUACCCGAUCGAUGCUGACGUGCAGUUCGUGAUUCAGAUGCGGCCGGCAUUGCGCGGUCCUGUCCUCAGCCUGCUGUCCCACUACAAGUGGGAGAAGUUUGUCUACCUCUAUGACACAGAGAGAGGGUUUUCCAUUCUACAAGCCAUCAUGGAGGCAGCUGUGGCCAACAACUGGCAGGUGACAGCACGGUCAGUGGGCAGCACCUCAGACCCCCAGGAGUACAGGCGCAUCAUUGAGGAGAUGGACCGGAGGCAGGAGAAGCGCUACCUGAUAGACUGUGAAGUGGACAGGAUAAACGACAUCCUGGAACAGGUCGUAGCCCUCGGGAAGAACAGCCGGGGCUAUCACUACAUCCUGGCCAACCUGGGCUUCUCCAACGUGAGCUUGGACAAGGUCUUUCUUGGAGGAGCGAACAUAACUGGCUUUCAGAUAAUCAACCCUGAAAACCCCAUUGUGCAGCAGUUUCUCCAGCGAUGGGACAGGCUGGAUGAGAGGGAAUUCCCAGAAGCAAAGAACACACCGCUGAAGUACACAUCGGCGCUGACCCAUGAUGCCAUCCUGGUGAUUGCUGAGGCUUUCCGGUACCUGCGGCGCCAGCGGGUGGAUGUGUCCCGGAGGGGAAGUGCAGGAGACUGCCUGGCUAACCCAGCUGUGCCCUGGAGCCAGGGCAUCGACAUUGAACGGGCGCUCAAAAUGGUGCAAGUGCAGGGUAUGACUGGAAACAUCCAGUUCGACAGCUUUGGUCGGAGGUCAAAUUACACCGUUGACGUGUACGAGAUGAAAACAGGUGGGCCGCGAAAGAUCGGCUACUGGAACGAGUAUGAAAGAUUUGUAUAUACUAUGGAUCAGCAGGUCUCCAACGAUUCAUCAUCUGUGGAAAACCGAACAAUUGUGGUCACUACUAUUAUGGAGGCACCUUACGUGAUGUACAAGAAAAACCACAUGCACCUGGAGGGGAAUGACAAGUACGAAGGCUACUGUGUCGAUUUAGCUUCCGAAAUUGCAAAACAUGUGGGAAUAAAGUACAAACUGUCCAUUGUGAUGGACGGGAAGUACGGUGCAAGGGACCCUGAGACCAAAACGUGGAAUGGGAUGGUGGGUGAACUGGUGUAUGGGAGAGCAGAUAUAGCGGUUGCACCUCUAACUAUAACUCUGGUUCGAGAAGAAGUCAUUGACUUUUCUAAGCCUUUCAUGAGCCUGGGAAUUUCCAUUAUGAUAAAGAAGCCCCAGAAAUCCAAACCAGGAGUGUUUUCCUUCCUCGACCCCCUGGCCUACGAAAUUUGGAUGUGUAUAGUGUUUGCCUAUAUCGGGGUCAGUGUGGUCCUUUUCUUGGUCAGCCGCUUCAGCCCCUAUGAGUGGCACCUGGAUGACAACGAUGAAACCAAAGACCCCCAGACCCCUCCGGACCCCCCAAAUGACUUUGGUAUUUUUAACAGCCUCUGGUUCUCCCUGGGAGCCUUUAUGCAGCAAGGAUGCGACAUUUCACCAAGGUCUUUGUCAGGGAGAAUCGUGGGAGGGGUGUGGUGGUUCUUCACCCUCAUCAUCAUCUCGUCUUACACGGCCAACCUGGCUGCCUUCCUCACCGUGGAGAGGAUGGUUUCACCCAUCGAGAGCGCAGAGGAUCUCGCAAAGCAAACGGAGAUAGCCUACGGAACACUGGACUCAGGCUCCACCAAAGAGUUCUUUAGACGCUCAAAAAUAGCAGUGUAUGAAAAAAUGUGGUCAUAUAUGAAAUCAGCAGAACCCUCUGUGUUUGCCAAGACAACACCUGAUGGGGUUGCCCGGGUACGAAAGUCGAAGGGCAAGUUCGCCUUCCUACUCGAAUCCACCAUGAACGAGUACAUUGAGCAGCGGAAGCCAUGCGAUACGAUGAAAGUGGGCGGCAAUCUCGACUCUAAGGGCUAUGGUGUGGCGACCCCCAAAGGCUCAGCAUUAAGAAAUGCUGUUAACCUGGCAGUGUUAAAACUGAACGAGCAGGGCCUCUUGGACAAAUUGAAAAACAAAUGGUGGUACGACAAGGGAGAGUGCGGCAGCGGGGGAGGUGACUCCAAGGACAAGACAAGCGCUCUGAGCCUGAGCAAUGUAGCAGGAGUCUUCUAUAUUCUGGUUGGAGGCCUGGGCCUGGCCAUGAUGGUGGCACUGAUAGAGUUCUGCUACAAAUCUCGAGCAGAAACCAAAAGGCUGAAACUAGCCAAGAAUGCGCAGAACUUUAAGCCUGCUCCCCCUGCAAACACGCAGAAUUUUGCCACCUACAGAGAAGGCUACAAUGUGUACGGGACAGAGAGCGUGAAAAUCUAAGGCCAGGUGGAGGCAAAAUUACUCAGAACACCAAUAACCAGAAAGUUUGAGACAACGGAGAAGCCACAAGCCCGGACCUCCCGAUGGACCGGCGAACGGUCGCUUCGUAGUGCUGGCCAUGGCCUACUUAUCCACCACGAUGACAGGAAAGGACUUGUCAUUUAAAGAACUGAAUUAGUUUCCUUCAGUGCCUUACAGAACAUCCAGAAAUUCACAGUAAUGCAACACAUCACAGUAAUACUGCUUCACUUGUCAUAUUGAAAAAGAAAAUGGAGGAACGAUACCAUAACCUAAGAGGGAAACGAGUCUUCGGUACAUACUUCAACAAAACAAAAAGCCAUUAGCCACAUCAUUAGUCUAGCACAUUUGGAGGAACCUGAUAUACUGUAGUUAACAUCUACUGGAGACAUGGGAUGGUACUGUAGCCUUGUAUGAAGAAAUAUUAUUUUAAAUAUUGCCAUUAUUUUACAGCCAGAUUCUACUGGUUGAACAUUGUUUUAAUGAAACCAGAACUCAUAUUAUUGAACUAACUCAUUCAGUGUAAACUUGCUCGGAACGUAGCUCCUCAGUUCAUGCUACAGUAAUCGCAAGGGAUAAUUUGUUAGUCGAUUUUGAUGGACACGACCUUUUUUUGCCUUGAUUAUAGAAUCUUUCCUGGAUUCAUUCAUUCGGUGGUUGUCUUGUCAUCCAGAACUCUGGUGCUUCUCACAACUCAGUAACAUUGAUAGAAACCCAGGCCCUGUAGUUUACUAGAAACCAACUAACCCAGGAAAAAUUAAAUGACACAACCUACUGCCAACAGAUUUGUUCUGCCAAUAGAUACUGAUAUUUAUACUGAAAUACUGAAUUAAUGCAGAGGAGAUGACAUUGUGAUCAGUUCUCAGAUAUACAUUUGCACAUUGUACCUUUAUGAUUUCUUGAGUACAUAGAAAGGCAGACACAAAGGUAGGAGAAAUAUUUAAAUGUAGAUACACUGCAUCCCAUUCAAAGAACCCACUGUAAUGGCUUUGAAAAUGAUACUUUGGAUUACCAUCGGUAUUUUGUGAAAUAACAGCACAUUUUAAAUUCAAGCUAUAGUUCUAUUUUGGUUUUAUUUUAAUCUGUGGGCAUACUCCUUUUUGUGCAGAACUUCAGUGAAAAGAUAAAAACAGUCAUGGCUACAAUGAGAACUACAUUUAGCCCAGUGAUCAUUGCAGGGCAGGAUUUUUAACUAAAGCUUUCAGCAAACGUCCAUUUACGCUGUUACAGUUCUUUUAAUUUCUCCGAGUAAAGUGAUUCUGUAGUAUUUGAAACAUGCCAAGAAGGAUUCCAACGAAUAACAGAAAAUAAAAGAUAGUUUUUUAAAAAAGAAAAGCUAACUGUAAAAAAAAAAAUUGUACAUUUAUUUAAACAACGUUAAUUUAUGAAUGCAAACGGCUUCACAAAUUUUGAUUUUUUUCAAUUUUUCAAAAUGCAUGUAAAAUUGGUAAUUGCUUAAUAAGGCCAGCUACGUUUUUGAGACAGUAGGAGACCAGUGGUAGAAGCUCUACUUCUGUUUUAAUUAUUUUACCCUUAAUUCCCGUUUUUGUGUGACUGCACUUCAGCAAUCAAAAAUUGCCAAGCAACCUACCAAUUACAAAUGUAAGAACUGCAUGUGUGGGUGUAAUU